UCGUACUUCGUAGGUGGGCCGCGGAGGUCUAUCAUUCAAUAUUUUGCUGUGUGAUUCCUACGGAUUGCUGUUGCUUAGAAUAAGGAUUGCUUGUUUAAUACAUUAGUAGGCCUUGAAUUAUGUGUGACAAUUCCUUGAAUAGGCUCUAGAUUUCACAUAGAUUGUUAUUUUUGAAGUUUUCCUGCAGUGCUUUGAUAUGAGCCAGGCUCGAGUUGACAAUUUAUGCAACUCGGCACACCUUCGAGUGAUGUUGUCGUCAACGGAAAACAAUAUGCCUCCACCGUUCAUGGAUAUAAAUAACAUGCAUGACAUACCUCCACCGGAGGUGGAUUUCUCGGCUCCACCUCCGUAUGAAGUUGCUGCAAAUUCGAAACUGCCGACUUACGAGGAAGUUGAGAGGGAGAAACAAAUGGAAGAACAAGGACCACAACUACCCCCUCCUAACCACGCGACUUUGGCAGCCUACGUGACAGUGGAGGCCACUGAAGGUGUCUCUGAACAGUUGGAUCCAGAAAAUGGAUUACUUGGAACAGACAUCAUGUUCCUGACUUCGUUCUUUGUGGCAUUCCUCUUCAAUUGGAUCGGUUUUUUGUUGCUGAUGUGUUUCUGCCACACUGUAGCCAGUCGUUAUGGCGCGUUGGCUGGUUUCGGUCUUUCCCUCGCCAAGUGGACCCUAAUCGUCAAACACUCCACCGAGCUGGCCUCUCACGAGAACUCGUGGCUCUGGUGGCUUAUAAUGGCUUUUGGCAUCGUGAUCUGUGUACGCGCGGUCGUACAAUACCUUCACAUCAAGCGCGGCUGGCGACUGCUCUCUGGGACGGCACAGGAGAGACUGCUGUUCUUCUAUUGAGAUAUUACACCUUAUCUUGAAAUACUUUGGGUUCAAUUUAGCUUGGAUGUUUUAAGUUGUGCUGAUGCCUUAUUACCGAGUCCUGAACGUCAUUCCAAUAUAUUGGAAAUUACAUUUUAUUGCUUAAUAUACACGAUUUAAUUUCGAUCGGAAAAUAUUUUUAGGUUCUAUUAAGAAUAAAAAAAUGUAUACCUUAUAUCCAAUAUCAUAGGAUUCGGUUUAAAUUGUAUGUUACAUUGGUAUUAGGGGAAAUGAGAUUUUCGUCCCAUCUGUCAACGUGUGAGUUUCAGUUUGACAUUGACACUUGCUUUAGGAUCAUUCAUUUUGACAUAUUUUUUUUUUAUAAACUUCUUUACCGCCAUGUCCUCAUCACAGAUUAAAAUAAGGUUUUAUGUUCCAUGAGACUGGCUGUUUAUAAUUUAAAAUAAAAUAUGUAGUUUUGUAUGUACAAUACAAAGAACUCGCUUUCUGAUACACGGUGUCGGUUACAUUUGAUGUAACAAUGUAGUCCAUGCAGAGAUGUCUUAUAAGGUAUCAAAGGAUUUCUGUGUGUUUGUGUUGGUAAGUUUAACUUUGUCGAUGUUAUAUAGAAUAAAUAGGUUUCAGUGUUAAAAUCUAAUACACCUAAUGUUAAUAUAUUAAUACUAUUAUUAGUAUCAGCUUAUCAGUUAAGCACCAAAAUUAUAUAGAUUUUAUUUUUGACCAAAAAUCUCACUAGUGCAAUAAAGAUCGUUUAAAAGAGAUUUUAUUUAUUUUUAUUUUUUUAUAUAUUUUUUUUUUUGUUAUAUUUUAAAAGGCUUUCGUCUUUGUAUGUCAUCCCAAUUAAUAUGAAGGGAACAUAUCAAUAUGCGAUGUGUAUUAAUUCAGCGCUGUGUCUAAAUCUAUGUGUGUUUAUGAUUUUUGAAUAAAAUAAGAAUUAAUGUGCGCUAAAUUGAUAGAAAUAUUUUUUAUUAUUAAUUUUGGUUAAUGUGUUAUUGAGGCUUUUUGGGAUUUUUAAGUAUAGACAUACAUACAUACAUGCUGAAUAGAUUUUGUGUAACUUUAAUAUAUUUGAAUUGGUAUGUAUAAGAUACUUUCUUUAAUUAGACUAAAUGUUAUCCAUCUGUAUGUUUGUAGGUUAGCUACAGAAUGGCUAAAGAAAAUCAUAUUUUUAUAUAUAUAUGUAUUUUUCAGUUUUUAAUAUUAUUAUUUUUUUGUAAACAUGUAUUUAAUUUAGCCAUUUAUAGAGUAGAUUUUUAAAAUGUUUAUAAUAUAUUUUUUUAAUACGUCAUGCUCAUCGUUUUGCACAAAAAUCCUUAAGUGUAGAAAUGCGUUAAGUCAAUUUUGAAUUAUGAAUUACUUUGUAUAAAAAAAAAUCAUAAGAAUUACUUCGAAAUAAAAUAAAAAUCGUGA